AUGAAUACACCCGAACGUCGUGCUCAUCUACGUGUUCAGUCAUCGAAAAAUUUACAAGAAUGUAAUUAUCCUCGUGGAGCUUUAGUUAUGGUAGCUGGAGCAGGUGGAGGUUAUACAGGCCCUGGUGCUAUUUAUCCUGAUCUAGCUAAAGAAAUAGUAGAAUAUCCGAAUUUAAUUUCUGUACAAAUGGAUUAUCGAUUUCCAGGUGAUCUUAAUCCAUGUAUCGAAGAUUUAGUAGAAACUAUUGAUAUUCUAGCAUCAAAAUAUAAUAUUGAACGAGCUGUACUUGUUGGUUGGUCAUUUGGUGGUGCUGUUGUAAUCUCUGCUGGUGCUAAACAUAAUCUUGUUAAAGCUAUUGCUACUGUUGCAUCACAAACAGCUGGUACAAGUAGUAUUAGUCAAUUAGGUCAACAAGGUAAAGCAUGUUUAUUUAUUCAUGGUAAAGCUGAUCAAUGUUUACCACCACGAUGUUCUGAACAACUUUAUCAACUUGCUGGUCAACCAAAAGAACUUGUUUUAUAUGAUGGUGAUAAUCAUGGGGUAACAAUGCAUCGAAAUGAAGCAAAAGAAAAAAUUAAACAAUUCGCUUUAGAAUAUUUACGUAAACCAACAAAAUAA